UUUCUUGGAGAAGCCUUGAUUGUAAGAAAUAAUACUGGGGGUGAUAAUACAAUAACUGGUGCUAAUAUUAUUCCAAGUAUAGCUGGAGGACAUCCCACACCUAUAGGAACUCCAUCUCCAGCCAAUUAUGCGAAUGCUGGUGCAGGUAAUUCAAUUGUUGCACCUGAAAUAACUCUUGGACAAUUUUUAUACUGCCUUGAAUAUCUUUAUCCUACAGUUGAAGCACAAAAAAAUUUGCUUUUCUUUGGUCAGAUUACGCAAGAAGGUAUGUCAAUACUCGAGUAUAAUGCCAAGAUAUCAAAACUCGGAAAACUUGCUGAAUUACCAGAAUCAAAAAUAAGAGAGCAGUAUAUUCGGGAAUUAAAUCCUAUGAAUCAAUACAAUGUUCGCAUAAUGACUAAAUACCAUGACACUAGAGAUAAUAUUACAAAAGCAUUAGUUGAAGCAGAAAAAUUUUCACUACUACAAGGCAACUUUCCAUUCCCACCUUCUGGAGGUCAAGCUAGUGUAUCCUUGGAAUAUAAGAGCUUUCCAUCUGUUUUUUCUGUGAAGUCUUUGGCAAUGAUAGGUGGGUUGGAUAUUCAACUGGACUUAGAUCUCUUUAUUUUUAUUCGCUUAUUUGGCUGUGUCACCUCAGCUGAUAUAUUAUUGUAUAACAAUGAGACUUUGUUCUUAUCUAAAGAUUGGGAUUCUAUAUGUAGAACAUUCAUAGUAGAAUUUG